AUGGAAACCGCAGCCAUGUUUGACGCUGCGGUGGAGACACUGAUGCCUAGCGGCGGCGAGAAUGGCACUCAGGCUAUGCUCGGUCUGGCGUCACCACCUGCGGCUCGGAAGGAUGCUCUGGCCCUCCUCGCUGACCGUCUCGACUUGCUGGUGGCCGAUGGCGAUGCCGAUGGUCUCGCCCGUGCUCCGCUGGACAAGCUUGUCGGGGUGGCCAUGGAUCAGGUUGCUCCCAAUGGGGUUCUCUGCCCAGGCUAUGUGCUGGGCAAGCUGGCGCAAGUCGUUGUCGCCGCAGUCAAGGCCCGCGCUGCCCUUCAAGGGCCCGAGGCCUUUGUUGACGGCCUCUUUGCCAGCCUUCUCCUGCCGGCGCUCAAGACCGACGAGCCGGCCAUGGUCGCCUUCUUUCUCGUUGCCUGCAAGGAGAUGCACCAGGCCAUCAUCGACAACGACAUCCGCCGCUCGAAUCCGGACGCCGCACUGUGCAGCGCCAUUCUCAAGCACAUGCGCGAGUCAGGCCUUGCCGCAGCCCUUGUCGACGCCAUCCUCCACAUCGCAGACGCCCACGGCCACGACUCGAGCCUGGUAGCUCUUGCGCUCGAGGUCCUCGCCGAGGUCACUGCCUGGGUCGACGCUCACCUGGUGGUCACAGAUGAGGUCCUCUCGCUCCUCUAUGCCCAGCUGCUCUCCACUCCGCGCGGCGCCACCGCCCAGGCCAUCGACGCACUCGAGGAGCUUGUCUCCAAGGGCAUGCCGCCGGCCGAGAAGCUCGCCCUCAUCCAGUCGCUCGCUCUCCCGGCCUUGCUCGACGGCAUGGCCCUCUCGCCGCACACUCCGCCAGACUCGCACGAGUUUGACGUCGUCGUCGCCCUCGCUGGCCUCGUCAAGGCCUGCGUCCUCACCCUCUGCUCCUCGUGGUUCAAGAUGGUCCGCGACGAAGCCAAUCUCGCCACCGACGACGACCACCUCACGGCCUCGUACCUCCGCGACGCCAUCUUUGAGUGCCUGCAGAUCUCGCUCGCCUUUGCCGCCGCAGACGCACCCGAAAUCGUCGCCCACACCGUCGCCGGUGCCACAGACUUUGUCUCGCGCUUCAAGCGGGCCGCUGCCUCGGGCCCCAUCACAGCCUCGCUCAUCCUCGAUGGCAACAUGGCCUCCCUCCUUGUCGCCCUCCUCGAGCUCGUCUCUAUCAAGUCGCGCCUCCCGCCGGGCUACACCCCGCACGACCCGGAGAACACCCAUUCGGGCCCGUGCCUCUCCAUUCUUGUCGACGAGUCGUCCAUUGAGGCCUUCCGCGCCUCGCUCCUCUCGCUCUUCAAAAACGCCGCCGGCCUCUCGCCCAUGCUCACCAUGGCCUGGCUCCGCACCGCUCUCCAGGCUGGCCUCUGCGACCCGGACCGCGCCAUUGUUGCCGAGCCGCUGGUAGGCAUGUUCUACGCCCUCGGUCACGUCCUGCAGGUCGAGUUUGCUAGCGCCGUCGCCGGCGAGGCCACUCCAGGCAUCGGUCGCCACGCCCAGCUGCCCACCCUCGACGGCAUCAUCGCCGCCGCCGAAAACACCCGCCACGGCCUCGCUCUCGGCGACGCCGGCGACGUCGGCGCCGUCUUCCUCAUCGACACCUUCCUGGACAUUAUCGAUGCCGACCUGCUCGCCGACGACGACCUCGCCCUCAAGCGCGCCAUGUAUGAAGUCCUCGCCCGCUACUGCCCGCUCCUCAGCCACGCCGGCAACUCGGUGGCGCCGGUCUUCCUCUCGCUCCUCGACAAGGGCGGCAUCCAGUGCGGCCACCCGUCGCUUGUCCCGCGCUUUGGCGCCCUCGUUGUCAAGCUCGCCACCGAGCUCACCCACCAGCUCGCUGCCCACCUCGACGUCAUCCUCAACACCGUCCUCCUCCUCCUUGUCCCGUCGUCCAUCGACGAGGUCUCGCCGGCGGCGCCGGCCGUCGCCGAGGCCGUCGGCAUCCUCCUCGUCCACAACGAGUCGAGCCUCUCCGACGACGCCCGCCACUCGGUCCUCGACCACCUGCUCGACGGCCUCUGUUCGCUCAUCGAGUCGGUGGUGGGCAACGCGUCCAAUGGCGCCCUCUCGUCCGACGACGCCGCAGACGUCGUCACCCACUUUGUCUUUGUCGCCGCCUCGCUCUCCAAGGCCAUCACCGCCGCCUCGGGCCUCGGCCACCACUUUAUGUCCGCCUACGAGCGCAUUCUCUCGGCCGUCUGGCAGCUCGGCAUGCUCACGCCGCCGCUCACCUCAAAGGUCUUCUCUUUCGUCCACUGCAUGGUCGACACCCUCGGCGACGGUGUGCUCUCGGGCCUCAACCCACUCGCCACCAUGUUCCUCACCCUUCCCGAGGCCUACGAUUCGGACGCAGUCACAUCGGUCGCCCUCUUUAUCGGCCUUCUCAACCAGCUUGUCGCCCGCUUCAAAGACGCCGUGGUCCCUGUCGCCGCUGACAUCCUCCCGCGCGCCGUCGCCGCCGUCGAGACCGCCGCCGCCUCGUCGCCAUCAGGCCACUACGGCCACCGCGCAGCCCACGGCGUCCUCUCCGAGUACGACCGCGAGGUCGACGGCCUCACCCGCGCAGCCCUCGCCUGGCUCGUCACCAUGUUCACCCACGGUGUGGCCGAGCAGGUCUUCUCUGUCGCCGCCGCAUCGUCUGAUGACGUCGUCGCCCUCCUCACCACCCUCGCCGCUGUCGCCCGCCCCGGCGGUACACAAUGCCGCCGCGCUCUCUUCCAGCUCGCCCGUGCUGUUACCUCCACAUGGCUCACUCCGGGCUCGUCCUCGCUUGCCGGCAUUGACUCGUUUGUCUACGACACUGCACUCUCACUCGGCUUCUCCAUCGUCCUUGACCCCGCCUUUGACAUGAGCGACGCCCGCGCCGCCUUUUUCGUCGUCUCGGAAGUCGCCGGCCUCGUCCGCGCCGUCUACUCGGCAGACCCAGAUCGCGCUGCAGCCUGGCUCCAGCACCACCUGUUUGAGAAUCAGGCCCACGCAAACGCCUUUCCGGACUUUAUGGAGCGGCUCGCCAACGCGUCCGACAAAAAGUGGUCCGCCUACUUUCGCAGAGUCCUCAACGAGCUGCGCUCGUAAACCCGCUGUCUCACCCCA